AUGAAAAAAGCAUUAGAAUUAUGGCACCAAGAAUUUAGCACCUUGAGAUUAAUUGACAGAGAAAAAUUAGAGUCUGAGUGUAAGCCGUUCGAUUUAUCAACGUUCGAGCUAACAUUUACAAAUAUGGUACAAAAAACGAUAAGUGUUCUGUGCAAAGUAUGGUUACCCAAACUCGUUAGUAUUUUCACCGCAGGAGCGAAGAAAGGGCUUUUGCCUAUCGAUUAUGACGAGCCUAAUAUAACCAGAUUUUUUAGCUGUCUCGCUUACAUUAUGAAAAGCCAACUACGUUGUCUUUGUUUGCUAUCGAUGGAAGAUUAUAUAAAUUUUCUGUUGACACUUGCAACCAGAGGAUCGCGGAACCAAUUAGCCUUCAUACCUUGCAGCUUCAAUAUAAAUUUAGUUGUAAGAAGUAAGACAAUUGGAUUUGAUCCCUCGUUCAAGGCUUUUACUGACACAUUACUUUUUUUAUUGACCUCGCUAUACAAAGCCGUCUGUGGGUACCCUUGUAUUGAAAGGAAACUCUACAGCAGCUAUAUUUCAUCUAAAAAGUCAUUAAAACCAACAAUACAUUCCGAAAUCCUCGAGCGUUACGAGCAUCAAAUAGUAGAAUUAAUCCAAGAGCAUCGCAUCGGCCCGGAACUCCAAGUUCAACAGUUCGACAAAUAUAUUUCUCUUAUAAAUAACACAGACGAGGAGUUUGUAAAAAACUUUCUGAAUGCCGAAGUACCGAAAAGUUUCACCGAAUAUGCGGAAUUGAUAGAGAAGUACGACCAACUUGGAAAGAAUAUUCCGAUUGAAUUUGACCGGACAUUUUCCCUGGGAUUAUUUGAUGUCCAUCGCGAUGAGUUGAUGGAAUAUAUGGCCAAGUCCGCGACUAUUUUGAAGAAUAGUUUGAUCCAUCGGAUGAUUGAUGACUAUCAAUUAAAAUCAAGAGUAAUCGGUGAAGACUAUGAAAGCAUUGCGGAAAAAGCGCUAGGUACACCGGCAACAACCAGAGAGCUAAUGGAUUUGAAAGCCUUCGUGGUAAAAGCUGAAACUGAAAUGAUUAUCGACUUGGAAAAUCGCUUGAGGGAAAUAAUUAAAUACGUGCAAUUUCUGUCUGAUUACACACUUUUGACACCCGUUGAACUGAAAACCAAUAAUUUUGCAUUUCAAUGGUAUCACAAAAUGCAAGGGAUUUUUGAGGAGCAUAGAAAAAUAGUGGAAGCCAAAACUGGAGAGUAUCAGGAAGCAUUGCUAGCGAGAAUCGAAAAGUUCAAACAGGAUUUAAAGAUUUGGGAAAAGUAUUGUGAUGAAAUGCAGUACUGGGGAAACGUCGACGAGAUAUUUCGGUAUCGAAAAAAAGCGACUAAUUUAGAAAACCGUCUUGUGGGGGCUAUGAAUACUAUUGACGAGUUUAAUGAGGAAGAAAAGAUGUAUGGUUGGCAGAUGUCUGAGUAUCCGCUACGAAAAAAGAUAGCUGACAAAUUAUCUCCUUACAAAAAAUUUUAUGACAUCGCCUGUGACUUCAUUUCUCAACACGAAUUGUGGAUGGGAUCAAUGAUCGGCAGCCACGACCCCGAGACAAUUGAAAACGAUUCUGGCACUGCUUACCGCAGUAUAAUGAAAUUAGAAAAAUCAUUCCAAGAAAUGACAGUUCGUAAGCUCGCUGAAGUGGUUAGAGUGAAAAUAGAAGAGUUCCGUGAGCAUAUGCCGCUUAUAUCAAAUUUGGGAAAUCCGGGCAUGAAAAGCCGCCACUGGACACAAGUUUCUGAAAUCGUUGGAUUUCCGAUAAAAGUUGACGAAAAUAUGACUUUGGCGAGAAUCAUCGACUUUGGCUUGGACGAAUACGUGCCUAAAUUUGAAGGAAUAUCAGAAGCAGCGACCAAAGAAAGCAAUCUAGAAAAAGCAUUGUUAAAAAUGCAUGCCGACUGGACUAGUGUUGAAUUCACAGUGAAUCCCUACAGAGAUACUGGUACAUAUGUUAUUGCCAGUGUUGAUGAAAUACAGCUACAACUGGACGAUCAUUUGACGAAAGCUCAAACCAUGAAGAAUUCACUUUAUAUUAAACCAUUUGAAAAAGAGACCUUGGAGUGGGAAGCCAAAUUAUACUUAUUGCAAGAUAUAAUGGAUUACUGGCUGAAAGUUCAAGCAACUUGGAUGUACCUAGAGCCAAUAUUUUCCUCUCCGGACAUUCAACAGCAAAUGCCUGAAGAAGGUCGACGUUUUAGUGCCGUUGAUAAAAUUUGGAGGGAUAUCAUGAACUCGGUAAUGCAAGAUCCAAAAGUAAUGUCAGUUGUGGAAAUCGACAAAAUGUUAGAUCGCUUGAAAAAAUGCACGGGGCUACUAGACUUGAUCCAAAAAGGUCUAAAUGAUUAUUUGGAAAAGAAGCGCUUGUUUUUUCCACGGUUUUUCUUUUUGUCUAAUGAUGAGCUGCUGGAAAUUUUAUCCGAGACCAAAGACCCAACGCGAGUCCAGCCACAUCUGAAAAAAUGUUUCGAGGGAAUAGCCAAACUUGCUUUCACAGAGUCUAUGGAAAUAACAACAAUGGAAUCAUCCGAAGGCGAAGUUAUUGUCCUGGAGGAUAAAAUAGAUACCACGAGCACGCGCGGACAAGUUGAAAAGUGGCUUGUCGAGCUUGAGAAUGAUAUGAAGAAAAGCGUCCGAGCCCAAGUCAACAAUGCCCGAGAAGCGUACUUGACAAAAGAGAGAAGUAAGUGGGUCCUCGAGUGGCCAGGACAAACAAUUCUUUGCAUCGGGCAGCUUUAUUGGACUGCAAAUGUUACUGCAGCUUUUCCCCAAGGUCUCGAUGCACUGAAAGCUUAUAUCGACACUUGUAAUGAAGAACUCAAUCACAUCGUCGAGCUUGUUCGCGGUGACUUAUCCAAACAAAACCGAACGACACUUGAGGCUCUUAUUACAUUGGACGUCCACGCAAGAGAUGUUUUGGUUGAACUCUGGGAAAAAAAAGUCACCAAAGACACGGAUUUCAAAUGGCUUUGCCAACUUCGCUACUACUGGAUGGAGGAAAAUUUAGUUACUAUGAUGAUUAAUUCAUCGCUGAACUACGGGUAUGAAUAUCUUGGGAAUACAUCCCGUCUUGUUAUCACACCCUUGACUGACAGGUGUUACCGAACGUUAUUUGGAGCUCUGGCGCUACAUUUAGGCGGUGCGCCUGAAGGUCCUGCGGGAACUGGAAAAACAGAGACGACUAAGGAUUUAGCAAAAGCUAUUGCUAAACAAUGUGUUGUUUUCAAUUGUUCGGAUGGUUUGGAUUAUAUUGCUCUUGGAAAAUUUUUUAAGGGUUUAGCGGCAUCUGGUGCUUGGUCAUGUUUCGACGAGUUUAAUCGGAUUGAUCUGGAAGUUCUGUCGGUAGUAGCUCAACAAAUUUUAACAAUUCAACGAGCUAUUAAUUCUGAUAAAUCAAUACUUGUAUUCGAAGGCACUGAAUUGAAAUUGGAUCCAACUUGUGCUAUUUUUAUAACGAUGAAUCCUGGAUACGCCGGGCGGUCUGAGCUCCCGGAUAAUUUGAAAGCUCUUUUCCGUUCAGUUGCUAUGAUGGUACCAGAUUAUGGAUUAAUUGCAGAAAACACCCUUUACUCGUAUGGAUUUUACAAAGCGAGACAACUGUCAAUAAAAAUAGUAAUGGCCUAUCAAUUAUGCUCAGAGCAACUGUCAAGUCAAAGUCACUACGAUUACGGAAUGAGAGCCGUAAAGUCCGUAUUAAUCGCAGCUGGUAAUCUUAAAUUAAAAUAUCCGAAUGAAGAUGAAGAUAUUUUGAUGCUGCGCAGUAUUAAAGACGUCAAUCUUCCGAAAUUUUUGAAUCAUGAUCUUCCUUUGUUUAAUGCGAUCGCAUCAGAUUUGUUUCCAAAUAUAGUUCUACCAAAAUCAGACUACACAGAAUUGGACGAGUGCAUCACAGAAGCCUGCGAUCGACUAAACAUACAAUGCGUUCCACUGUUUUUAGAAAAAAUUCAUCAAAUUUACGAGAUGAUGAUUGUCAGACACGGAUUUAUGAUUGUUGGUUUGCCUUUCAGUGGAAAAACUACCGCCUAUAAAGUAUUAGCUUUGGCUCUUGAAUUUUGCGAACAAAAAAGUGUACUAAAUGAACACAGAGUCGAGGUAUCAAUAAUUAAUCCCAAAUCGAUAACCAUGGGUGAAUUGUAUGGUCAAUUUGACCCAGUAUCUCAUGAAUGGAGUGACGGAAUUCUGGCGAUUAAUUAUCGAAUAUUCGCGACAUCCUCCAAUGAUAAUCGCAAGUGGCUUGUGUUUGAUGGACCUGUUGAUGCGGUGUGGAUUGAGAACAUGAACACUGUGUUGGACGAUAACAAGAAGCUCUGUCUUAUGAGUGGCGAAAUAAUACAAUUGUCACCGACCACCAAUUUGAUAUUUGAACCGAUGGAUCUUGAAGCUGCUUCGCCCGCUACUGUAUCAAGAUGUGGAAUGAUUUAUAUGGAGCCACUUGCUCUUGGCUGGGAGCCUCUAUUGAAGUCGUGGAUUGCCACAGUGCCGGAAAAGCUUGGAGAUUAUUUGAAGCAGUUUUUGUACGAGUCACUGUUUGUGAGGUUUUGCAAUCCGCUGUUUCAUUUGAUAAGGCGUGGAGGAUUUAAGGUAGUGCUUGAGGGUCUGCCUGUGUCUGACAAAAAAUACAGCAAUAAAAUUUACAGCAAUAUUUGUUUUGAUGAAUUGCAGAUAAUGUGCACAGAAUCGAAUAUUCUGAGGUCAAUCACUUACUUAAUGGACUGUUUCAUAGAUGAUUAUCGUAUUGAGGUAGAUGAAAAAGAAAGCGGAACACCUAGUGUUAAGCUCAGUGAACUAGAUCUUAGAGCUCAAGUUGAAGGUUCAUUUUUCUUCUCAUGUAUUUGGGCAAUGGGUGGUACACUAGAGUCAAAAGGUCGAGAGCAAUUUAGUCUUCUCUUCCGCGGACUACUCGAAAAAGAAUUCCCCAUAAAUCUCCAAGAACUGUUCAACCUUGAUAAAAUUUCCCCUCCGACAAAACCCUACAUCUUCAUAAUGCCAAAAGACGGACUGGUCUUUGACUACAGAUUUAUAAAAGAGGGUAAAGGAAAAUGGAAACUUUGGUCCGACGAGUUGUUGAAUGCAGCUCCCAUACCUAGAGACAUUCCAGUGAAUCAAAUAAUUGUCCCGACCGUCGAGACAAUUAGAUACACAACUCUGUUCCAAUUGUUAGUCCAGCAUUCCAAGCCGGUUUUAUUCAUCGGACCCACUGGAACUGGAAAAUCUGUGUAUAUUACAGACUUUCUGCUAAAGAAAAACGACACCAACAUAUUCAAGCCACUUUUGAUAAACUUUUCCGCUCAAACAUCUGCUAACCAAGUGCAGGAGAUAAUAAUGAGCAAACUAGAUAAGCGACGGAAAGGUGUCUAUGGCCCACCAAUUGGCAAACGGUAUGAUAAAAAAGAAAAAACUGCGAUAAAAUUAAUUGAAGUGCAAUUGAUCUGUGCAAUGGGAACUCCAGAGAAUGGAGGGAGGGAUGUCACACCAAGAUUCAAAAGACACUUUUUUACCCUAUCAAUAUCUGAGUUUGAAAACCAAGUAAUGAUCUCGAUAUUUAGCAAAAUAAUCCUUUGGCAUCUAGAUACAAGAGGGUUUAGUAAAGAAUUUGAUCCAUGCAUCAAUCAAGUUGUUCUCGCGACUCUCGAUGUUUAUCAAGAAAGCCUAAAAAAUUUGCUACCGACUCCAUCAAAGUCGCAUUAUCUCUUUAAUUUACGCGACUUUUCACGAGUUAUUCAAGGCGUUCUACUGUCAGUGCCAGAGUCAAUGCCAACUUUGUCUUGUAUGAAGAGACUGUGGGUCCAUGAAAUCCUACGAGUGUUUGGCGAUCGAUUGAUUGAUGAACAAGACACCACUUGGCUAAUUAAACAGCUUCGUUCCACUGUUGAGAGACACAUGGAAGCGAGCUUUGAUGCUCUUUUUGAGGAUUUAGCAGAAAACUCAAACGAUAUUAUUGGUGAAAAAGAGUUGAGAAAAUUAAUUUACUGUGACUUUAUCGAUCCGAAAGCGGAUGUAAGGCUGUACAGAGAAAUUCAAGAUUUAGAAUUGCUUAAAUCUAUUGUUGAGGGUUAUUUGAUAGAAUAUAAUUCGAUGACGAAGAAACCUAUGAAUUUAGUGCUUUUCAGAUUCGCAAUAGAACAUAUUUCAAAAAUGGCUCGAAUAAUAAAGCAACCUCGAAGCCAUGCUCUCAUUGUUGGAGUAGGCGGCUCAGGAAGACAAUCCUUGACACGACUGGCAUCUCACAUUUGCGGAUAUGAAUUGUCUCAAGUAGAACUUACUAAAAACUACGGUCUCCAUGAAUGGCACGAAGAUCUGAAAAAAAUUCUGAAAAAAGCCACUGCUGGAGAAUUGAGCUCUACUUUUUUGUUCGCUGACAGUCAAAUUAAAAAUGAAGGAUUUCUUGAAGACAUCAGUAACAUGUUAAAUUCUGGAGAGGUUCCAAACUUAUUUAAUAACGAAGAAAAAGCAGAAAUUUGCGAGAAAAUGCGAAUGAUUGACCGACAACGGGAACGUGCAAUGCAAACAGACGGGAGCCUGGUGGCUUUAUUCAAUUUAUUCGUACAAAUAGCUAGAGAUCAAUUGCAUAUCGUCGUCGCAAUGUCGCCUAUUGGAGAUGGAUUCCGUAAUAGAAUACGAACUUUUCCAGCUCUCACAUGGCCGGAGGACGCAUUGUUGGCAGUAGCGACGCGAUUUUUAAGCGAAGUUAAAUUAACAGACCACGAGCGCAAUGGAGGAAUUGAAAUGUGUCAAUUUUUCCACAUUUCUACUCAACUUUUGACAGAUGAAUUUUACAUUAGAUUACAGAGAUACAAUUAUGUCACUCCAACAUCGUAUUUGGAGAUGAUAAAUACGUUCAAAGAGCUGCUGAAUAAUAAACGAAAAGAAAUAACUCUAGCUAAAAAUCGGUACGAGGGUGGAAUUGGCCGGUUGGUUUCAACACGUACUCAAGUUGCAGAAAUGCAAGAAACGCUUAAAGAGUUGCAGCCGAUGUUGGUGACAGCUGCACAAGAGGUGCAGAAAAUAGUUGCUACUGUCGAGAAGGAAAGCUUGGAAGUUGCUGAAGUUGAGAAAGUUGUUAAAGUUGACGAAGAAGCUGCUCUGAAAGUAGCGGCUGCUGCUGAAGAAAUAAAGACAGAGUGCGAUGAUGAUUUAUCAGCAGCUAUGCCGAUAUUAAAUGAGGCACAGUCCGCUCUGAAUACAUUAACGUCUACUGAUAUCGCCGUAGUAAGAUCUAUGAAAAAUCCCCCGGCUAAUGUCAAACUCGUUAUGGAAAGUAUUUGUAUUCUAAAAGAAAUAAAACCCGACAAAGCGCAAUCAGCCGACGGGAAAUCUUACGACGACUAUUGGAAAGCAUCAUUGAAAAUUCUAGCGGACGUAAAAUUUUUAGACUCGCUUGUACACUUUGACAAGGACAACAUUUCCAAUCACGUUGUCGAUAAAAUACGCCGCGAGUAUCUGACAAAUCCAAACUUUGACCCCGAGAAAGUUAAAGUUUCAUCGACCGCUUGCGAGGGCUUGUGUAAGUGGGUCUUUGCAAUGUCUGAGUACGACAAAGUUGCUAAAGCUGUUGCUCCUAAGAAGAAAGCUUUGGCUGAGGCUCAAGAAGUUUACAAUGAUGCGAUGGAUAAAUUGUCCGCUAAGCGGGCUCAAUUGCGCGAGGUUCAGGGUAAACUAGGAGCUUUGGAAGCUGACUUGGCCUCCCGGAAAUCUGAGUAUCAAAAAAUGAUUGACAAAGUUACUGAUUGUGAGCAGAAACUUAAGCGUGCGGAAGAACUUAUUGGGGGGCUGGGUGGCGAGUCUACUAGAUGGUCUCAAUGCGCCAAAGAAUUGGGGGAAAAGUAUGACAGUUUGACGGGUGACAUAAUAAUCGCAGCGGGUGUAAUCGCUUAUUUAGGAGUUUUUACAACGUAUUACCGCAACAAACAAAUAAAAUCCUGGGUUGUUAAGUGCAAAAGUCUUAAUAUUGUCUGCACGGAAGACUUUUCCCUAAAAGAUGUUCUUGGUGAUCCGGUACAAAUAAGGUCAUGGAGCAUCGCUGAGCUGCCCAAUGAUUCUUUUUCCAUCGAAAAUGGAAUAAUUAUUAAAAGCGCAAGAAGAUGGCCGCUGAUGAUUGACCCACAGAACCAAGCAAACAAGUGGAUCAAAAAUAUGGAAAAGCCUAACAACAUGAGCAUAAUUCGACUUACUCAACCGGAUUAUUCACGAGUUUUAGAAAACGGGAUUCAGUUUGGUCAGCCGAUUUUGUUGGAAAAUGUCGGAGAAGAAUUGGACGCAAUGCUAGAGCCUGUGUUGCUCAAACAAACUUUUAAACAAGGUGGCGCUUUGUGUAUAAAAUUGGGAGACUCUGUUGUUGAGUACAAUACCAAUUUUAGACUUUUUAUCACUACCAAAUUGAGCAAUCCACAUUAUUUACCGGAAAUAGCUGUUAAAGUGACUUUGAUAAACUUUGUUAUAACCACAAGUGGUCUUGAAGAUCAAUUGCUUGGUAUUGUUGUGGCUAAAGAACGCCCGGACUUGGAAUCGGAAAGAAAUUCAUUAAUUAUUCAAGGAGCUGCUAAUAAGAAAUUGCUAAAAGAAACAGAAGAUAAAAUAUUAGAAAUCCUAUCAGUCGCCGAAGGUAAUAUCUUAGACGAUGAAGACGGUGUGACAGUUUUGACUUCAUCAAAAGUACUCAGCAAUGACAUUCAAGCAAAGCAAGCAGCUGCCGAAGUAACUGAAAAAUCUAUAAACUCAACGAGGCUCCAGUAUACGUCGAUAGCUGAAUAUUCAACGAUAUUAUUUUUCACGAUAGCGGUUCUAGCAAAAAUCGACCCGAUGUACCAGUACUCGUUAGCGUGGUUCGUUAAUUUGUUCAAAAUGUCAAUCGAUAUUACCGGGCAGUCAGAGAGCCUGGAGGUGCAUUUAAAAGAAUUGACCAAAAAUUUCACUCGUUCUCUUUACAUUAAUAUAUGUAGAUCGCUUUUUGAGAAAGAUAAGCUGCUGUUUUCAUUGCUGCUAUCAGUGCAGCUUAUGGAUAAAUUAAAAUCUCAUAUACCACCGGCUCAAUGGAUAUUUUUACUCACUGGAGGAGUGGGUCUUGACAAUCCUUUUCCGAACCCGUGCUCUUGGCUCCCGGCCAAACUGUGGGAUGAAUUGUGUCGGUUGGAUGACGUACCCGGGUUCAAGGGUAUCAAAGCAUCAUUUGAAACUGAGAAUAUAUUUUGGAAAAAUUUAUUUGACUCAAAAGAACCACAUAUAGAAGCACUACCGCCGCCAUUUGAUAAAUUUACCAACUUUCAAAGACUUUUGAUACUGAGAUGUCUGCGGCCAGACAAAAUAAUAUCUGGCGUGCAGAAUUUUGUCCAAUUUGAAUUAGGACAAGAAUUCGUAGACCCGCCACCGUUUGAUCUGUUGUCUUCAUUCCACGACUCUAAUUGCACGAUACCGUUGAUAUUUAUUCUAACACCUGGAACGGAUCCAGCGCAAAUUCUGCUUAAAUUUUCCGACAGCCAGGGCUUUGGAACCAGCAGACUUUUCUCGCUGUCUUUAGGCCAAGGCCAAGGAUUAAUAGCAGAGCAAUUAAUAAACGACGGCGUUAAGUACGGGCACUGGAUUGUCCUCCAGAAUUGCCACUUGGCAAAAAGCUGGAUGGGGACUCUGGAAAAAAUAUGCGAGGGACUGUAUCCCGAUUCAAUACACCCGGACUUCCGGCUGUGGUUGACGAGCUAUCCAGUUAAUUACUUUCCCGUGACGGUGCUUCAAAACAGCGUUAAAAUAACCAACGAACCGCCAAAAGGCUUGCGGGCUAAUAUACUACGCUCUUAUUUGAGUGACCCUAUAAGCGACCCGGAGUUUUUUGACUCUUGCACUCAGCCAGUGGUUUUCAAAAAAUUGCUGUACAGCCUUUGCUUCUUCCAUGCGAUCGUUCAAGAACGACGUAAAUUUGGACCUAUCGGCUGGAAUACUGCCUAUGAAUUCAACGAAACAGAUCUGCGAAUCAGUGUUCAACAAUUGCACAUUUUUUUGAAUCAGUACGAUGAUGUUCAGUUUGAAGCGCUCAAAUAUUUGACCGGGGAAUAAGAUAAAUAUUAUUUCGACAAUACAACUGAAAUUUAUUGCUGUCCUAAUGCCAAAGAAUACAACGUGUAUCUGGAGUACACAAAACAAUUGCCGUUAAUAACAUCUCCAAGCGUAUUUGGUAUGAACAACAACGCUGAUAUAAUCAAAGAUCAACAAGAGACUGAUUUAUUAUUUUCAUCAUUGUUAUUAACCGAGGAAACAGCAAAAUCAACGGGAACAAACGAAGCGACUUCUGACGAAAUGAUAAUAUCAGUAGCUACGGAUAUUUUAAGCAAAUUACCAGCCGGCUUUAACUUAGACAAAGCACUUGAGAAGUACCCGACGUCAUACAACCAAAGUAUGAAUACAGUUUUAGUACAGGAGAUGGAUAGAUUCAAUAAAUUGCUCAAUUGUAUUCGAACUAGUCUUGUUAACGUGAAACGCGCUGUAAAAGGAUUUAUUGUUAUGUCUCUUGAACUAGAAGAGGUAGCAGAUGCAAUUUUAAAAGGAAAAUUAUCUUCGCUUUGGAAAAGACACUCUUAUCCUUCGCUCAAACCUUUGGGGAGUUAUAUUAAUGAUUUUAUACUACGAUUAAAGUUUCUGCAGGAUUGGUAUGAGUCAGGAGCACCAAUAACCUUUUGGAUAGCCGGUUUUUAUUUCACUCAAGCAUUUUUAACCGGCGCAAGACAAAAUUACGCUAGAAAAUAUCAUAUCCCGAUAGAUCUUUUGGCGUACGACUUCAAAGUACUCAAAGAAACUAAUUUUACAAAUGCUCCAGAUGACGGAGUCUAUAUCAAUGGAUUAUUUUUAGACGGUGCAAGAUUUGAUAAAGAUAAAAUGAUUUUAGAUGAAAGUUUGCCAAAAAUUCUUUACGAUCAAGUUCCUCAUAUAUGGUUGCUUCCGAAGAAACGUGAAGAUAUAGUUAAGCACGAGACGUAUACCUGUCCGUUAUACAAAACGAGCGAGAGAAAAGGAACUCUGUCAACGACGGGACAUUCAACUAAUUUUGUAAUAGCUAUUAAUUUACCAACGAACAUGCCGGAAGACCAUUGGAUAAUCAGAGGGGUUGCUCUGCUUUGUCAGCUCAGUGAAUAA